UAUAAAUCAGGAUACUGUUACAAGAUUUAACACAUACAUGUGUAGUUUAAUUGUGUGUGUACUGUGUGCUGUACUGGCCGGUUUACCGUGUACAUCAUGAUUACAAACGUGCUCAAAAUGGUUAUUUCUGUUAUUUUAUUUAUUUUCAUAUGUGCUCCAGCUUUUGGAAAAACUGGUGAUAAAUGUCACGGUGAAGGGAGAGGUCAAACCUGUGAAGAGGGAGAGUUCUGUAGAGAGGGAUUCUGUACAAGAGUUUAUCUAAGGCCUCCUGGCUGUAAGGAGUUUGAUGACUGUCCAAAUGAUUUCCACUGCUAUAACAAAAAGUGUAUUGCUUACAUCACAGAUGAAGAUAGGAAGAUUUUGGCUGAGGGGCGAAUGAAAUUAAAAAAGAAAAUGGAAGUUGAAGAGAAAAGAAGACGACAUUAAUUCUGCUCUUUAUCAUUAAUAAAAACUUUGCUUUCUGCUUAACCACAAAUACAGUGUAUUUUAUUGUUUA